UAGUGCAGAUACAUGCUUCUAUGAGCAUGUCGCGCUGUCCAAGAUUGCUUGAUGUAUUGACCCUAUGGCUCACCCUCUGCACCUUCCCUCGAGGGAUGAUUACACACGAGAACAGCACGUGCGCACGCGCUGAGAUGAUAGGAUUUCAACUAUUCGCGUGCUUGCAGCUCGAUAGGGUGUGGUACGUCUGCCUUUGCUUUCACUUUGGUUGUACCGCAUAUGUCUGCUCCCGUUUGGUGUCCCCAAGCUUUGCUGCCUAGAGCGAAUCUUGAUUGGUCCAUCGCUUCAGAGGUUCGAGACGGUACAUCACCAUCAAGCUGCCCAGCUUCACCGUCCGCUCGAUUCUUUGCGUCUGCCAGAUCGCUCCAUCCUCCACUCACUCUCUGCUGGUAUGCCACACCAGACCACGGCAAUGGCGUCUCAACACGUCAAUCGAUACUCUCUUUUCCGUGAGGGUGAAGUGGAUCUACCAACGCCCACUCCACCUGAAGACCCUACCAAAAAUCCGUUCCUGAAUCAAGUCGCGGAUGAUCCUCUACCCUGGCAGGAUGUCAAGAAGCGCGGCGCUCCCUCUGCACCAGUAGCUGCGCCAUCAAUUCGAACACUGACAAUCAAGACUGCUCAAAGGCCGCUUCCACGCAGGACAUCAAGCCCACCAGAUCGCGCGCGCGCUGUCUCUAAUGCCACAGCUAUCAGCGAAAAGCCCUAUGAUCCCCACGAGAAUUGGUGCGGCGCAUGCAACAUCAAGUUCCCCACCAAGAACGCACUUCAGAGCCAUGUAAAGCAAACACCAGAUCACAAGCACUACUGCAACCUCUGCGUUCGCGUGUUCAAAGACCGCAAUGGUCUUCAGAACCACGUUGACCACACCAAAGGCCACGAGACUUUCUGUAAUCUCUGUCUCAGCGCUUUCAAGGAUGACUGGGGACUCAAAAACCACUUCGAGAACAACUAUCAGGUAGAUCAUCGCUUUGUCUGCUUGACCUGCUUGCUUGGGUUCCGCAGCCAGGUGGAGCUAGACCAGCACCUGAAGACAGCAAAGAAACACACCUGGUGCCUCACCUGCAAGCGACCAUUCAGAUCCCAGGAUGAGCGCGACAAACACUGGAGGACGACUACAGUUCACAAACACUGCCUGCAGGUAGGCUGUGACUUCGAUGGCCCUGAUAUCGCCGCCCUCGAGACACACCACGAGCGUGACCACUUCCGAUGCGACGGAUGCAAGCGCAUCUUCCCCAGCCAGACCAAGCUCUUCCAACACCAGGAAGGCUGCAACCUCCCAGUCCCAUGUCCGCACUGCGGCGAGUCCUGCGCCGGCCAGGGCGGCCUCGCGCGCCACCUGCACCAGUGCUUUGCCUGCGACCAGUGCGGCUUCUACACGCCCCACGAGGGCAACCUGCGCAUCCACAUGACCAAGCACGCCGUCGCCGCGAUCCCGUGCUGGGGCUGCAAGCUGCCCAUGCGCACCUUCUCCAGCCUAAUCAACCACCUGGAGUCCGGCGCAUGCCCCAAGUUCCACGAUCCCGCGCUCUUGCUGCAGGUGCUGGGCGAGUGGUGGUACUCGCCGCUGUUCAUGGAUCUCGACAUCCACGCGCAGAUUCGCACGGACCGUGUCAACGUGGGCGAGGUGCAUGAGUGGAUGCACAACGGUAUUCUCAUGCCGUUUGUGUGCCGCGCUGAGGGCUGCAGGAAGGCGUUCGGCCAUUUGAGUUCUCUUGUGCUUCAUCUGGAGAGCCAGGCUUGCGAGUGGGAUAUUCAGCGGCUAAAUGCUCCGGGAUUGGAGACGCUGUUCACAGCUAGGUGCUUGCGGAGGGAUAGUGGGCAGGAGUAGGACUUGCUGGGAAGUGCACACGAGUUAAGGAAGAUGGGCACAAGAGAUUGACAGAACCAUCGAGCAGAGACUCUAGGCCAUGCAAGCUCAAUGUCAUAUUGACGUUGCAAAGGACGUUGUGGCAGUUCGCAUACGCAAAUAACGGGAAAACUAAACUGUGAAGCCCACCGCCGAGAACAUGGGAAAGGGUGCGGGUCUGUAACACAAGAUCAAUGAGGGUCAUUUAGCAUUGUUGCGCACGUAGAUCUACCCAUGUGUUCA